AUGGCUGUGGGAAGGAACAACACAAUUGUUACAAAGUUCAUCCUCAUGGGAUUUUCAGAUCAUCCUCAAAUGAAGAUUUUCCUUUUUGUAUUAUUUCUGGGGAUCUACCUCUUGACCCUGACCUGGAACCUAAGCCUCAUUGCCCUCAUCAAGGCGGACCCUCACUUGCACACACCCAUGUACUUCUUCCUUAGUAACCUGUCUUUCUUGGACAUCUGCUAUGUGUCCUCCACAGCCCCCAAGAUGCUCUCUGACAUCAUCACAGAGCAGAAAACCAUUUCUUUUGUUGGCUGUGCCACGCAGUACUUUGUCUUCUGUGGAAUGGGGCUGACAGAAUGCUUCCUCUUGGCAGCCAUGGCCUAUGACCGUUAUGCUGCCAUCUGCAAUCCAUUGCUCUACACGGCUCUUGUGUCCCAUACCGUUUGUUUAAAGAUGGUGGCUGGGGCCUAUGUGGGUGGGUUCCUUAGUUCUUUGAUUGAGACAUAUUCCAUUUAUCACCAUGACUUCUGUGGGCCGAACAUGAUCAACCACUUCUUCUGUGACCUUCCUCCAGUCCUGGCUCUGUCCUGCUCUGACACCUUCACCAGCCAGGUGGUGACCUUUGUUAUGGGUGUUAUUGUUGGAGUCAUGUCUGUCCUUGUGGUCCUUACCUCUUACAGUUUCAUUGUUACUGCUGUCCUGAAGAUCAGCUCAGCUAAAGGUAGGACCAAGGCAUUUAGCACCUGUGCCUCUCACUUGACAACUGUGACCCUCUUCUAUGGUUCUGGUCUGUUCAUGUAUAUGAGACCUAGUUCCAGCUACUCCCUAAACCGGGACAAGGUGGUGUCCAUAUUCUAUGCUGUGGUGAUUCCCAUGGUGAAUCCCAUCAUCUAUAGCCUUAGGAAUAAGGAGGUUAAAAACGCCAUGAAAAAAGUAGUGGAAAGGGAUCGUAUGCUUUUUCACAGGCAUUCAUUUUUCUGA